AUGUUCAAUCGUCCAAUAAAAGAAAAAAAUCUAACAAAAGAAAAAAAAGUACUUCCGUUUCAGAGGCAGCUGAAAAAUGUAUUCAAGUUUUUAUAAAUGAUUAAUAUUUUAUUUUAUUGAAGUAUGAAGAGAAGAAAAGUAUCACGCGCUGUUUUCUGGCGGCUUGUCGCCCGCGCGCGCGCGCCUCGCGCUGCAGGUUGCUGUGCUUGUCCUUCCUGCUGCCGCUCGGCCGCUCGUCCUGAAGUCCCGCCGCCACAAAAAGCUGACUGCAGCCUCCUCCCGCCCGGACCCCCUCCCCAUCCCCCCGCCUGUGUUUUCGGCUCUCUUGCCUUCAGGGGCCCCGCCCAACAACCUGCUUUGGCCGACUCUGACUGGAGGGUUUCUGAAAAGGGGGCGGUCCAAGUGCGAGCGCUUUAACAGGGUCGAGGCAGCUCAGCUGUCAGAGAGAUCGGAGCGGCGGACAGAUCGGUUGUUUGUCCGCUGAAAUCCAGAAGGGAACGGAAAAACCUUAACGGGCACGCGGAGGGUUUCUGCGUUCACCUAGCAACCAGAGCCGCGAAAGGACAGGAAAGGAGUCCUGCUUCCUCUGGGUUUUUGAUCAGCAGACAGUGGUCUCUGCAGCCGCAUCACGGAAGGAACUCGGCCUACAUCCUCCAUGCUCCACGCCGGGACCCGCUGGUGGACCCGCGCAGGCCCCUAACAGCCCGCGGACGCGCAUGUGAGCAGGCCGAUGCCCGCGGCGGCGCGCUCGGCUCCAGAGGAGGAUGAGUCCCGCCGUGGAGGCGCAGAGCCAGGAGGCCAUGGAUGCGGAGCAGAAGCAGAAGCAGUGCUUCCUGGACAAAGGGGUGAUGCUUGAGCCCUUCGUGCACCAGGUGGGGGGGCAUUCCUGCGUGCUGCGCUUCGGGGAGCAGACCAUCUGCAAGCCCCUCAUUGCCCGGGAGCAUCAGUUCUACAGGAGCCUGCCCGCUGCAAUGAGGAAGUUCACCCCCCAGUACAGAGGCGUGGUGUCGGUGAGCUUCGAGGAGGACGAUGAAGGAAACCUUUGCCUCGUGGCGUACCCCCUCAGCAAUGACCCAGCAGCUGACCUGGACAUCCACGACCUCUCGGCAGACUGCGUCUUUCAAGGCAAAACGCUCCAGUGGGGGAAAAAGGCGCUCGUGGACAAAGAAAACCGCAGCAAAGAUUCCUGGAGCUGCAACUCCCACAAAGACAAGAGUGUCCAGAAGCUGCAGGAAGACCAGGAUGUGGAGCAGGUCCAGCAUGUGGAGGGCCUUCACCAUGGACUGGAGCACAGUCACAGCAACGCUGCCCCGCAGGUCAAACGGAACCCCUGGAGCCUGGAGUGUCACCAGCAGCACCUGCAGAGGAUGAAGGAGAACGCAAAGCACCGCAACCAAUACAAAUUCCUCCUUCUGGAAAACCUGACCUGGCGGCAGACGGUGCCGUGCGUUCUGGACCUGAAGAUGGGCACGAGGCAGCACGGAGAUGAUGCUACAGAGGAGAAGAAGGCUCUCCAAAUCCGCAAGUGCCAGCAGAGCACGUCCGCUUUGAUAGGAGUCCGCUUCUGCGGCAUGCAGGUGUACCACCCUGACACGGACCAGCUGAUCUUCUUGAACAAAUAUCAGGGCCGGAAACUGACCGUGGCCGGUUUCAAAGAGACUCUGUUCCAGUUCUUCCACAGCGGUCGGCGCCUGCGGCAGGAGCUGCUCUCGCCGGUGCUGAGCAGACUGCGAGAGAUGCAGGACGCUCUGGAGGCGUGCGAGUCCUACCGCUUUUACUCCAGCUCCCUGCUCAUCAUCUACGAUGGCGCUCCUCACAGGAAGCACACCCGCCGACACACCGAGGAGGGGCUGUCCGAAGACGAGGAGGACGACGAGGACGAGGAAACUGAAACCGAAGUGGAGGAGGAAGAGGAGGCGGGAGCGCUCGGCUUUCGGCACAGCUCCUCCUCGUUGAGCGACGGCGGCAGCAGCUGCUCGAGUGGCGGCGGCGGGAGCCAGCCUCGCGUGUCCCGGCCAGAGCGCAGCAGCCCAGAGGUGGACGUGAGAAUGAUCGACUUUGCUCACACCACCUGCAGACAUUACGGCGAGGACAGUGUGGUCCACGAGGGCCAGGACCAGGGCUACAUCUUCGGCCUCCAGAACCUGAUCAGCAUCAUCUCUGAGCUGGAGAACCACCGCAUAGACUAAAGGAAAACUGCAGCUUGAAAACAUUACUUUGAAAGUGGACAAACUUCUGGAUCCGGCCUUUUUACCGGACCCUCCUCUGCUUUCCGCCUGUCGGCUGGGCGGGAAGCAGAGCUGCAUGAAGAGCAGAAGCGCCGUCGGUGUGAGAGAUGAUGCAGCGAUUCUCCAGCAUCGUUUUCCUGCUCGGAUCCGUCUGACGUGGGCAGACGGUGAUUAAAAGCAAUUUAAAACAGAGACUGAAAAAUAUUAUUGUCUAAUUUCCAAAGAUGGUGUGAGAUUUGCACAAACACGCACAGAAGGACGGAUUGUGUUUUUGCACAGACUUUCAGAGCGCGGGACGUGUCUGUCCACAUACAGAGAUGACAGGAGUAUAUUUAACUAUAUUUCAUAGAAAAACUAUAAAAGCUAAAAGACCUCAUGAAUGGAAAGACUACAUUCCAUGUUAAUGUUACAGUAAUGGCAUUAAUUAUUCAUGUUAUUUGACAUGUUUAAUACGCUGUCUUUAUUUGUGUUUGUUAGAAGGGAAUUAAAACCUCGGUUGUGGUAACGGAA